AUGUCUUGGCGAUCGCGAAAUUUGCCCAAAACAUGCAGCAAAUCGUCCACUAAUCAGAUCGAGAGCAGUACAGCGGCGAAGAUGGAUACACAGGGCCGUUUAUCCCCCAGGACAGACGCCAUCAUUCAACAGGCCUGCGAUGUCUAUUUCCGACACUCCCACAACAAGCCCUACGCCUUCUUCAAUGAAGAAGUCUUCCACCGCAGACUGGCCCUCAACCAGAUCCCUCUCUACCUCCGCUUGGCCGUGAUUGCCACCGCCGCUAGAUACACCUCUCUGUCGCAAUGGAAGGAACGAAAGCAAAGGACCAUUGACGAGUACGUGCGGUACUCGUGGUCACUGAUCCUGGCGAUGCCAGAUACCCCGGAGAAUACGGCGAAUGUGGCUCUGGUGCAGGCUCUGGCGCUCCUGGCAAUUCUGGAUACAACCGCCGGUCGACGACGUAGUGCCUGGUUGAAAAUCGGAAUGGCGGUUCGGAUCAGUCAAGACUUGCGUAUGACGCUGGAGCCGACGUUGGAACUCUCGGUUGCGGAGAGGGACGAACGCAGGAGACUCUUCUGGUCGCUGUUUCUCCUGGAUCGAUUCAUCUGUUGCUCGUUUCAUCGCCCGUCGGCCAUCAAGGACGCCGACUGCCAUCUAGGGCUGCCGGCGGACGAUGGACUGGAUAUGCUCAGUCUGCCCGUCACAUUAAAGUCAUUGCUGGAUAAACGGACGCGAAGUCGCUCGCUUCAACCGGGAAUCUUCGGGCUCAGUGUCGGACUGUCGGCGGUUCUCGGCCACACGAUCGACGAAAUGAUGAAUAAAGAGCCCGGGAUGGAAGACGAGCCUUGGCUGCCCGACUCGCCGUAUUCCAGUAUCAACAGGGACCUCGAGUUCUUGCGGGAAUUGGCCUCCAGACAUGGCUCUGUCCUGACUGCCCUGCGACAACAUCCUCUCGAUGGGACGCAGGGUCGCGAUGGGGAGCGAACCGCCCAAAUGGUGCUGAUCUAUACGCUUUAUCAUCUCAACCACUGUCUUCUUAGCCAUCCGUUACUAUUGGGUUCCAAAAUCGAACUCCUGCAACCAAAAGUGCCAUUGUCGUGGAUGAAGGAAGCACAGGCCCGAUGUUUCACGCAUGCCCGCUCCUUGACCACUUUACUGAUCAACGCCAAAGCUGCCGGGUACAUGCCGGUACCUUCGUUCUACAGCUACUGUAUCUUGGUGGCAGGGACCAUUCUCGCCCUGCACGCGUGCAGCGAUGAAGUAGUGCCCCAUCAGGAGUCCGAGGGUUAUCUUCAAAGCUCCUUGACCUAUCUCGGCGAGGUGUCUGAACUAUGGGAAAACGCACACAUUAUGGCCACCGCAUUGAGGUCUUUCAUCGCCCGCAGCGCACGCUAUAGCGAUAUUCUCCUCCAAGACCAACCACAUAUCCAGUCCCUCGGCCACGAAGAAUUCAUCAUUCUCCGAUCAGUGAUCGAUUACUGGGCCAUGAUGGAUCCCCGGGAUCCGUUUUCUAGCCUGAAUCCGAAUAGAGAUCCCUCUGCCAUUUCGCCAGAGGGGUCGUCUGGUUCGAGUAAACCCGGUGAUGACACCAUAAAUCCGCAUACGCUGUUCCAACAUGCGGGAUUGUCUCCUAUGCCGUCGGAGCACGGCGAAAGCCUGAUCCAGUGGGAUUGGGAUGGUGAGUCUACGAUGGACGCCUAG